AUGUCUGAGCCUGAAGUUAUCAUAAGAGAACUUUUCUUGGGAUUUGUUCCACUACAGGAGACUACAGGUGCCUUUAUAGCAGAAACUCUUCUUGGACAGCUUGAGCAAAUGGGAUUACCAAUUGAAAAUCUGCGUGGUCAAGGAUAUGAUGAUGGGAAUAACAUGACAGGCAAAGAAAAUGGCGUACAAAAGAGACUCCUGGACAUAAACCCACGUGCCUUUUUUUGUGCCCUGCAAUGCACACUCUUUAAGCUCAAUCUUACAAGCAAGUUACUACAAAAUAAGGAAGCUGAUUUAAAUUCAGCUAUAAGACAGUUGCAAGUGACUAAGAAUUAUGUGGUGGACUGCAGGUGUGAUGAGGGUUUUCAACAAGUUUUGACAGAUGCUACUGAGAUUGCAAAGGAACUAGAGAUACUACCAAACUUUGAGACAGAACAAGUUAGAAACAGGAGAAAGAAACGGCAGUUUGAGUAUGAGGCCCAAGAAGAGGCACCACAAGAUCCAAAGCAAAAAUUCAAA